UUCAUUUGCAAGUGGCAUGGUAGUUGUUGGCCUAAAAACUAGAUUUAAAUUCUACAUGCAACCUAUUAAACCACAUAAGGACAAAUCUUUGCUAUACCUCACAAUUCUGCUCCUUUCUCUUGCCAGCGAUAUUGAAUCGAACCCUGGCCCUGAUUUCCCCUGUGGUACCUGUGGUGCAGAGGUUCUGGACUCUGACCCAGCUGUAGAAUGUGACAAGUGUGGACUAUGGUUUCACAUCCAGUGCCAAAACCUAGAACACUCAUGGUACCAGGACUUAAUCCACACUGAUGCUUCUUUUGCUUGGACAUGCACAGUGUGCGAUAAUUCAAACCACUCUAUCACAUCCAGUAUCUUAUCAAUCUCUUCGACAAACAGCUUUUCAGCCCUGUCUCAUGAAAAUACGCCUCUAAAUCAAAAAUCAGAAACUCAAAAACCACACAUCAAAAGAUUUGCUUCUAAACUAAAAUUUCUAUUGGUAAAUUGCCAGUCAAUUGUUAAGAAGAAACAUGAAUUCCAUAACCUUCUUUCAGACCAAAACCCAGAUAUUGUGGCCGGUACUGAGUCAUGGCUUACUGCUGACCAUUAUUCCUCUGAAAUUUUUCCUGAAAGUCUUGGGUAUACAGUAUUCAGACGGGAUAGAAAAUCAGGCAAGGGAGGUGGGGUCUUUAUCCUUGUAAAAAACAACUUAAUUCCAUCAGUUCAACCAAAUCUGAAUACAAACUGUGAAAUCCUCUGGAUCAAACUUGAAAUCACAGUCCGACGCGCACCUGCCAGUAAUACUCGAAAGAGGGGUUCGGCAGUAUUCAAAGAUAGAUAA